AUGUACCUCCUGGACUCUUCUCUUCCUCGCCGAGACGACUUCUGCCCUCCCGGACAUUCUGGCUGCGGGCCUGGGCCUGUCAUUGGCAUCACAGUAAAUCCACCACAGCCUAGUCCACAGGCAUCACUCGCUCAAAGCCCGUACCCAGCGAGCUCGGCCCGCAGCCUCAUCGUAAUGACCGUCAUCGGGAGUGUGCUCUUCCUGGUGGGUCUCAUAAUCUGGUUCUUCGGGAGACGGUUGCAACAAAAAGAGAAGGAGCGGAAGGCACGGCGGGAGCACAACACUUACACAACAACCAUGGACCCAGAGAAAAAGGAAGAAGAGGUUGUGUGCAGAGAGCAGGGUUUGCUAGAGGCUGUAGAGCCAGAGCCAGAGGUCGAGGUUGAGAAGUAA